UUGGAGCAUACAAAUUGCCGAGCGACAGGAACACUACCAGUACCACAAUAAGCAUUCGCAUCCUACUUUACCACGCCACCACCACCACCCUCACUCAGUCUCAGUCUGCCGAGCGAGCGCCGAGACGAGACAGCAGCACUACAAAACACAACGUCAGCUAGCUUCCGGCCGACUCAUGCCGGAGAAGCCUCCGCCGCUCGGGCGCCGUCCGACGGCCUCGGCGAGCUGGGUCCGGUCCCUCCACUGCAAGUCCAUGGCGGCCGAUGACGUCGCUGCCAACGUCGCGGCACUGCCAAAGAAGUCGCACCUCCUCCUCCGGUCGAGCUGCGCCAGCUCCGGCGACGCCCAAAGGGACGUCUCCUCGUGCAAGCCCAAGCUCAAGUCGAGCUCGAAGACUAGUUCGGCGACCAAGAAGCCCAAGGCGGCGAAGUCGACGUCCGUGCCGCCGUCGCCUCCUCUCAGCCCGCUCGGCCCGCUGCCGGCGCUAACCGAGCUCCCGGCGGGGCACUCCUCGCGGCAGGUGGUCGAGAUCAUCUUCCUCUCGUCGUGGUCUCCUCUCCCGCCGGCGCCGGCCGCCCAUGCCGGCGGCGCGUUCUCGGGGGAGGUGGAGAUGCUGUUCCGCGUCCACAACCAGGCGCGCGCCGUGGCGCGCUUCGAGGACUACCGCGCCGCCGUGCGCGCCCGGGCCGGCGGCGCCUCCCGCAGCGCCGCCGACGGCAACGAGAUGAUGCGCUUCUCCCCGGCCCCGCCGCACGGGUGCUCCUCCUCGGACAGCGCGUCCCUGCGCGUCGUCCGGACCUUCGACGGCAGCGGCGGCGCGCACGCCAGCGGGCGCGGGCCGCAGACCGGCCGGCGGGCCAUGUUCCUGUGCAGGGUGAUCGCCGGGCGGGUGGCGGAGGGGGCAUGCUCCGAGGCCGCCGGCAAGGAGUACGACUCCGUCCGCGGCGGCAAGGGCGAGCUGGUGGUGUUCGACCGGCGGGCGGUGCUCCCAUGCUUCCUCAUCAUCUACAAGCUGUAAAUAAACAAUGCCCAGUCCAGUAACCUCUGCCGCUAAUAUUGAUUUUGGCACUCACUCCCGUGUUAACCAUCAACUGCAUGCAUGUAGUAAUAGUUCUGAUUCUUGGUAAAUCCCCGUCGAUCCGAUCA